GAGCUGUACUCAAGCAAUUGUCUUGUGAACACCCAGAGACAUACAGCGGCGCGAUGCUGUUCUUGUCUCGACGUUUUUCAAGCUUGCAUGACCCGUCCAUUCGGCACACCACUACAUUCAGUUGAAGAGAGCUGAGCCAGCCAUUUCUGGCAUUUUCUUUGACUUAAAAGAGGAGAACCAGCUCUUCUUCGCUGAGGCGUUGGCUACUGCGUGAACUUCGAAAUGUGCCUUUCGGCAGAACACAGUAAUGUGGCGGACGAGUCGUCGCCGAUCUUCGCGAGUUGUGGCUGGGGUAGCAUCCUUUCCCUUUGCCAUGAGCGCACAUUUCCUUUCACCUGUCAAGGGAUCUCACACCGUAAAACGCUCUAAAUAAAGAACUCGAGUCCCCCCCCCCUCGCCUCCGCGUCAAAGCGGUAUGACAUUCCAGUUGUGUCGGCUGUUUCGAUGUGGUGGCGAGUCUCCAUCUGCCCCAGAAGGGCAUUGCUCACAAGCAGGAUGUGCUAUUUGCAGCUUACUUGGACUGCUUUCGCCAAGAAGUCUAGAAAAUUCCAUGGAACUACCUUACCCUGUGCAACUAACGCACAAAGUGUCGAGGUAGAAAGUCGUUCCUGAUGCUGGUCCCGUCUCGAAUUGUUUCGGGGCUUUCUCUGCUGCUCUUCCUUCUCUGCACCUCUCACCACUUUUACGGGCCGCUUAUUAUCAAGAGGGGAGAAGCAAAUGUAUUUCUAGCUGUCCAACCAACCACCGCCCUUGUCCCCUGUUUCCGCCAGUGCCGAGAAUCCACGCAAUGCGCCGCAUCUCACAUGCUUUCUCCAGGCUCGACUCCUCUGCGGGUUUCUGCCGUUUCUCUCCCUGCCCCGUUCUUCGCACCUCCCGCUUCCUCCAGUUCCCGAGUUUUUGUAGAACGAGAACUCUCAGCUGUGCAGCAGCUCUGUGCGGCUCCAGCGAACGCCCCUCAGGGGUUGCCUGGCUUUUUGCCAGGCUGCACUCUCCACACCUCCCUUUUCUCCCCCGUUGCACCACUUUCGCGAGAGUUCCACAAACUCAGACGCCGGAACGCAUUUUCCAAUGGCCGCGCAGAGGUGACGCCGGGUCGCGGCAGGGCUGCGCGUUGCCUCCGGGCAGCCGUCAGAGACCGACGUCUGCCUUCGCUGGCUCUCGACCAGCUGCAGAGACUUUUGGAGGCAAAGCAGUAUGAGGUGAAGCUUCUGGUGGAGAAGCACGGCAGCUUGCUGGAUCCGCUUACGCUCCGUCAGGCGUACGUCCACCACACGUUGAAUUCGAAGUUGACGGAACGCAUGCGCAUCCAGCCAAACGCCCAGGAACGCGACGAGAAGAUUCGAGCCCUGCACGCAGCUCGCUGGGACGGUAGCUGCAGAGAGACACGCGAAAAAGAAGGAGAGGAAAGACGCCAGGAAGGGAACUGCGAGCAUGUACGCAAGAAACACAGCCGCCUAGUCGGUGAAGAGAAACCUGGCUACGACCUCCAGGAAGUCCUUCAGGAAACGGAGACGCCGCACAGGCUGAGUGUUGCCUGUGAUCUGAAGCGACGGAGCUGCACAAACAUGGCUGUCAAUCCUCGGCGGCUGUCGUACCGAAAUCCAGGAGACAUCGCUGUCGACUGUGCUAGCGCUGGCGCAGAUAUCAUCUUGGUGAAUACAAACAAAGAAGGCUGGGGCGGCAGCUACGAUGAUCUGCAGGCAACUACGAAGGCACUUCGUAACGCGUACACCUGGUCGGACCGACCUGCGGUUGUGAUGAAGGACAUCAUCAUUCACCCGAUCCAGGUGGCGCAGGCUGUUGAAGCGAAGGCUGAUGGAGUUUAUUUGCAUUUUUGCAUCCUCGGCAAAGAUCUGGAAGAUUUGCUCUUCGCCUGCUCAACCAUGGGAACCCAGGCACUCGUCGAAGUGCACAGUGAGGCCGAGGCCCAGCAGGCAGAAGACGCUGGCGCCACGCUGCUGGUGGUCAAUCAGUGGGACCGCUACACAGGUCGCCUCGUCCCUGAGCAGGCGCUCCGAGUCCGGAGUGUCUGUUCUCCUGAGGUCAUCGUGCUCGCUUCCGGCGGCCUGAUUUCCUUGGCGCAGGCGGCAAAGUGUGCAAAGUGUGGCUUCGAUGGAGUUGUCCUCGGACAAGCUCUUACUCGCCCUGGGGCGCUAGACUUUAUUAAAGAAGUCAAGUCUUGGCAAGGCGCUCCUCGCGAGCUCGUGCAUCUCUUUGCCCCCAAUCCACGUGGAGCGGCAGCAGCGGCCAGGGGCCUAGAAGACGCCGCUGCCGCAGUCGAGGAGGAGGAAGCGGCGCUGAAGGCCGAGCGUGAAGCCCGUCGAGCCGCAGAACGCGCCCGCUCAAAAGAAGGGCAAAACCCAACCUCUUUAUCCGACGGUGAGGCCUUUGUGGUCGACACGAAAGACGCUGAAUCGAUAGAUGACUCCCUGGACGAAGAAGACGACUUGGACGUGGCGGAGAAGGUCUUCGAGGAGGCGAAGCGCGGGUGGACAUGUCACACCGGAGCAGAGAGAAAAAAAGAAAAUUUUGACGAGAAACCUACUGAGAGGCGGCGCGCCUGGGAAUCGGAGCCAGAUGAUCCGUCAGCGCGAGACAGAGGAGGGGUCAGGCGAAAGGAAAGAGCAGAAAGCUGCCAGGAUAGGAUCCGCAACAAAGGUUUUGGUUGUCCUUCGCUGGCCGAUUCUGAAUUGUAUGAAGACGAGAACUCGGAAACGCUAGGUAAAAGAUGUGGACAGAUGCAGGGCGGCGCAGGUUUGCGUGAAGAAUUUACUGAACGGAUUCUCCGACUGUCAGGGCCGGACUUCCAGCCUCGACAGCCGGCGGCGUCUGCCUUCGGUUCGCACACAGUGCCAGCUCGAGAAGGGGAUGCAGUUGGUAGGGCGCAGUCUCUCUCGUCGCUCAAUGACAACUGUGGAGACUCUGCAUCUCCUUCCCGCAAGUCUGGAGAUGGCGGCUACCCAGCCCCGCCGCCGGGCAUCGUUGAUGUGUCAGGCGAGGAGGACGAGCAUUCGCAGAGGGUCGGGAGUUUCCACGCAUUUUCCAGUUUACGUGCGCCGGAUAAUAGCAGCGGGCGAGAGCGAACAGAAGACCCGCAGAAGAAGGCAAAUGUCUUCGACAAGAGCGACUCUGCCCCCAACGAAGAGCAGGUGCUCCGGGCUUUCACGCGCGAAUUGUUAGGGCAGAUCGCGCGCGAACGGCAAGUGCACCGGAUGGCGGAGGAAGAGCACCGAGAUCAGCAACUGGCGAUGUUUCGGCAGUACCAACAGCUCGCUCGGGCGUUUUCGGAGGCCGAAACGAACACCGAAGCCGUCAGAAACGGCUCUUUGUUUGUCCCACCUCUAGCCCUCCAGGAGCAGCUCCAGAGUGAUCCGCAUUUCCGGGCUUCGGGGCCUGCAAAAGAAGACCUCGACCCCCUGGCUGUGAUGGCCCAAGACGCCGACACGGUCGCGGAACCCUUCAAAGAGGCCUUCCCUAACGACCCCGCUCGCGCAGCCGCUGCAUGCACAGCCGCAGCGGCGGCGGCCGUCGCCGACCCCGCAGGUUUCGCUGCCGUGGCGCGGGACCAUCUGGAGAAAGCAGCGGAGAGAGGUGCGUAUACGCUGGCAGAUGCGAAUGACCCAGCGAUGGCCCUCAGCGCGGCUGCCCCGACUUUUGCCGCCGCCUCUGCCACCGCCGCCUUGACUGCUGCGGUGGCCCGGGGUGAACGAGACGCCUCUACGGCAGCCAAGGCGGCGGCGGCAACUCUCAAGGGCACUAACCCUCCGAAUCCGAAUGCCCUUGCGGCCUUGGCGGCUGCGGCGAUUCAGAGAAGGAAGGCCUCAGGCAUUCGCCCCGACCUUCUGGGGGUCCCCUUAGUGCAGGCUGGAGGACUAGAGUCACAGUGUGGAGAGGAGCAGAGACUCGCGACAGUUGGAGGCGACUCGAAGAUCGUGGGCGCUUCGCUCACACCACAUGCAGACUCAGGCUUUUCGGGGACCGUAGGUUCCAGGGGCGAGGGGAGAGGAGCACCGGGCGGGGACGCUGUUGUGGGUUUGGGGGGCGGACAGGAUGAGAAAAUGGAGCUGUUUGACGAGGCUGAACUCGAGCGAAUUGGGCGUCUGUUCUUCUCAGAGGAGGAAUUAGAUGGAUUUCUCAAAGAAUUGAGGGCGAAGAAAGCCACGCGACAGUCCGCGCAGGAAAGCUCCGGUGCAGGGGGACCUGGUAGUCCUCUGGGCUCGGAGACACACGCUGAUCGGAGUACAGAGGCAGGGUUUUGUAUUAGUCAACAGCCGGAGAGAGCAGGCGAGGUAUCCUUUGCUCCACACCAGGAAGCAGCUGUUGACACUCAGGCUGGUGUUAGGACAGGCACCGAAAGUUCGUCCCCAAUGUCUCAAGGGCCAAUCGUGAAAGAGAAGCAGUCGGAUGGUGAAGAGCACGAAGCGCGAGAUGAUGAAGAAAAGGCACACUCGAAGCAAAGCGCUGACGAGAAUGGGUCUUAUCAGAACGUUCAAAUGGAGAAGGCGCGGGGGCACUCUGGAACUCAAGACAGUGUCGAAAAUCAAGAACCCGAUUCUUCAAAAGGCAGUAGACAUCCUUCUGAAUCAUAUUCUGAGCCGCAUGCACCGCUCUCCGAAGCUGCCUCAAGGGACCUUGGCAGUGAAACAACUGGAGGUGGACCUGCGUCCAGCUGGCGAGUCGAGAAAGUCUCCUUCAACACACAAGAGUGGUUCGCGCGGGCGGAUCGCCGAAAGAAAGAAGACCACGAGUUAGAACAGCAGUUUCUCCAGCAGAGUCGCCAGGCAGCGGCUCAGAUGCUUCCAUGCAAAAGCGAAGAAGCCGCCCAAAGAGGCUUAGAAGCCAUCGAUGCUCCGGAAGCCGUUUCGGCAGCCGGAGCGAGCGAGAAAGGCGGUGAUGCCUCCUUCGGGGACGGGGGGAGAGAAACGUUUUCUCGUUUUGGGAGACAUACCCCUGAGCCGUCGCUGACGACUCCAAUGGACCAGAUGGAGGCGUUUCUGCCGUUUUUCCAGGGCCACGGGAGUCACCAUCACCUGGACGAUCCUCCUGAGGUGCAGGAACGCAUGCAGCAGGAGGCUUUUCUCGAAGAGCUGAAGCAACGCGGGAGCGGUGGAUCGUCUUCCGAGGCGUCUCUCGACGACUCCUCCCGCGGGUUGCCACGCACUGGCCACCACGCCUACGAGCUCCUCAAAGAGCAGCAGAGGCUGCAGGCAGAACGGCGACAACUCCCGCCCCCCGCAGCGGCUCUCAAAUCAGAUGCCGUCACCGCAGCAGCCUCGGCUGCAGCUGCGGCUUUGGCAGAGGGAGCCUCUCCCCAAGCUGCUGUUCGGGCAGUCAAGCGGGUGACUUCAGCAGGCACUUCCAGAAGUCCCGAACGCAGUUCCCUCGAAGAAGAAAGAGAAGAAAAAGGCGCUUCUACGCAAAAUCCUUGUGGAGAAACAGAUAACAAGGGCAUCCCGAGGUCAGAUGCGGCAACUGCUGCCGCUGUUCAAGGAGCGAUGUUGGGCGGCGAACGCGGUGCCUACGCUGCGCUGCUGGGUACCAGCAGCCAAGGCGCUGGAGGGUUUUUCGAGAGCUAUGUUGAUGAUCUAGCGAAAACUGGCGGAAUGGAAGUGGAGACUAGAGAAGACUGAAAGCCACAAAGGCUGCGUGCUUGUCUGUGUCUCGUACCUGAGUCAUAUUCAGUAUCCUAGGGAUUACAGUGUCUCUGUAUUCGAUUUGAGUUACGCCUUUCUGGAUCGCGGAUCAUUCGUAGAGACAAUAUCUACGUAUAUUAUGACUACCACAAUGCGUGGUCUAGCUAUGAUCUUUGUGUUAUCAAUGUUGGCUUUGCACGGAGAAUAUGGUAACUUCGUUGUACCCAUCUAUACUGGUGGUUCAGAAGUCGUUAUGUAACUGCCGACUGGCGUGUCGGGCGCAUUUUAAAAUGCAUGCCACUACAUACAGGGGACUGUCCGUGGCGCAAAGAGAUCCUCACAUUUGCGAGAAAUGCUACUUCAGCUAACACUUCCUCGCUGCAGCCAAAGCUUUGGAUGCCGUGGCGGCGUACUGUUGCAAUGGACCAGGUUUUUUUAUAGAGCCCACGCGCGAAUCGGCCGGGAAGCAGCUGAAGUGCAUUCGAAAAGGAUUACGCUUGUCAUUAUAGAAAGGGGUAGGCGUACUUUGUGUGCUACAGAGGAGUGUUGUUUGUUCUAUCAUGUUUCAUUCUGUACGCGCCCACGCAUGACACUCAUGUAUGCGGAGAAUGAUCCGAAUACGCGCGGACACACAGGCGCGUCUGGACACUGAAAAGUGAACGCAUGCAACAUCAUAAAUGCCCAUCCUGCGGCUACUUCUUUAACUAGGUG